CGGCGGCGGUGUUCGGUGUCAGGGACGCAAAUUAACACAGAAAACUCGGCUCUUCGUGGACAUCGCCAUGUAACGAGUCCCCGUGUGCACAAGGUCUUGAAGCAACGAGUGACAUGUCUUUGCUGAACGUUUCUGCUGAUUGGUAGCGAUCCAGCAUGUAGCAGAGGUGAACAAGUCCCUUCACGCCUGGGAACAGUCCGACAACAUAAUGGGGAAUUCAUAUGCUGGGCAGCUGAAAUCUGCUCGAUUUGAGGAGGCUCUCCAUAACUCGAUUGAGGCGUCGCUGCGCUCGAGCAGCGGAGAUCCGCAGCCCAUCUUCACGCAGCUGUACCUGGAGCCGGAGCCGUAUCCUGGGAACAUGGAAGACGUGAAGCCGAAGCCCAACAUGGCGCUCCACGGCGGGGAGCACCAAGGACACGAGCUACUGAAUGACCACUCGUCCAACGAUCCGGAGGAGCUGGAGGACGAAGACGACUCAGACAGCAGCAGCCCUCCGCUUCCCUACCUGCAAACGCCUGCACCAGAUGGCUGCUGCACACUGGAUGGGUUCUGUCAGGCCGGAAAGGACCUCCGCCUGGUCUCCAUAGCAACAGAGUCCAUCGAAGUCCCAGCAGGCUUCAAGCUGGUCGGUGCCAAGUCUCCCAGUGUCCCCGAGCACAUCCUGGUGUGUGCCGUGGACCGCCGCUUUCUGCCUGAUGAGAAUGGGAAAAAUGCACUUUUAGGUUUUUCAGGAAACUGUGUCGGCUGUGGUGAGAAGGGCUUCAGAUACUUCACUGAGUUUUCAAAUCACAUCAACCUGAAGUUGUCCACCCAGCCCAAGAAGCAGAAGCACUUAAAAUACUACCUGGUGAAGAAUUCUCAGGGUGCUCUGUGCAAAGGACCCCUCAUCUGCUGGAAAGACAGUAAAACCCGUCAGUUCACGAGCAGCGCGUCCGCCUCCAAACCCAACUCGUCCUCCUCCCUGAGCAGUAAAGAGAACGGAGGCACCAGCGGACACAGCUCCUCUCCAUUUUCCCUCUCAGAUUCUCCACCCACCACAGCGGCGCAGGCAUCCGCCGUCUUCUUUGGAGGUCAGGACCUGGGCAGAGACUGCAGUUUCCUCAAACCUCUCGUCUCCACACCUGUGAACAAGACGCUGCCAAUAGUCCCCACAGCUCUUCGGGUGAACGGACCAGCUAAUGGUCUGGGUGUUGAUGGGCGUCCUCCCCUGCUGAGCCCCUCCCAGGUGUCCUUAGGGCCUCAGAGUCAGGCCUAUCGCACUGCUGAUUUAGGAGACAGUCCAGUAUCGUCCGCUAUGAACACCGGCCCCCCAAAGAAGCGACAUCGGAGCUGGCACCCCAGCACCUUGGUACCGGUCCCACCAACAGCCGUCCCCGUACCAGCCAUCCGUCCAGUAGUCUGUUCUCCAGGUUCUGUAUCAGCGGUGUCGUCUCCUCAGCCGCCGGUAGCAGGCGUCAUUCAGCCCCAACCCAUCACUGCAGGAGAGACGGUCAUCGUCCCAGACAACCUGCUCAGCUCCUCAGGAGUUCGCCCUGUCAUCCUCAUUGGGCAUGGCACUUUACCGUAUUUCUAUGGGAACGUGGGCGACAUAGUGGUGAGCCCCCUGCUGGUCAGCUGCUACAAGAGCAGCCAGCUGACGGACAAAACUCUGGAGACGUUGGGCCUCAGCAGCAGCCAGCUACUCAGCGUGGAGACCAUGAUCCUGCUCACGUUACAGUACCUUGCACGUUUAGGUUCAGAGCAGAUUCCUCUGAGGGAGGAGCUGGAGCAGAUAGUCUUGAAGGCCAUGCUGUGUUGUCCGGGGGGUCCUGCCAUCUCCCCGUCUCAGCUGCCCUGGCUGGCCCGGCUAGAAGCCAGCGUCUCUGGGGGGAGCGUCCAUGUGGUGGUGACCCACAACUCUCUGGGUGAGGGGAUUUCUGAGUCGCUGCGUUCUCUCAGCGAGGGUCCUUCCCUUCAGCAGUGCCUGCCAACCUACGUGGUCAUUAUAUGUGCCUCUAAAAUGAGCGGCAACGAGUUCUGUGUGCUUGUCUUGGGAAAGUACCAAGCCAGGGCCUUAGCUGAAGGCAUGCUGACAACCAAUGAGUUCCUGAAGGAAAUCAGCUACGAACUCAUCACGGGGAAAGUGAGCAUCUUGGCGUCUCACUUCAAAACCACCUCUCUGGGGGACAAUCUUGACAAGCAGCUGGUGCGAUACCAACGCAGACGGAAAGGGCAGGUCAUCCAGCCCUUUCAGGGCGAUGUCACUGACCACAUUCACUCCCAGGAGGCUGCCAGCAUGUCACCGCCCUCAGACACAGCAGAGCCUUUAAGCAAGGUCUUCCAGAUCUAUCCAUCCCAGCUGAGCGUGGCUCGUAGCCUCCUCUCACAAGUCUGCUCCAUCGCCGACUCAGGGACCCAGAACCUUGACCUGGGUCGUUUUUGUAAGGUGGACUUUCUUAUCUUGGUCCCUCCCUCUCAUAUUCUGGUGCACCAGACGGCCCAGCGCAUCCGACAAUCAGGAGUGCUUGUGGACCUGGGCAACGAAGACGCUCCCACAGCCCACCAGAAAUCAGACAAGUACGUGGUGCGGCUGGACGCUGACGUCCACGCCAAGAUGGAGGCCUUCAUGAAGAAAGUCAAGCAGAACCCCUACACGCUGUUUGUCCUCAUUCACGACAACUCGCACGUCGACCUCACGAGUGCCCUGUCCGGCUCAGUGUGCCACGGCGAGCUGCAGGGUUUAGCCGACCGGGUGGUGAAUUGCCAAGAAGUCCUGGAGGCCAUGAACCUCCUGGUGCUGCAGGUCAGCUGCUUCCCGUACACCCUGCAGACCCGCCAGUCACGCAUCAGCAUCCACAAUGAAGUCCACUGGCCGUCCAACGAAAGUCUGCAGAGGGAGCAGUCUCCCACUGAGUUGGUCUACUUUGGCCUGAGGGACUACAGCAGGUCCCUGCAGUGGGGCGUGGCCAGUCCCAUCCUGCGCUGCGACGAUGCCUUCGAGGAGAUGGUUCACACGCUGCUGGAAAGACAUCCACAUCUGCACAGCAUGGUGAUCCGCAGCUAUCUGCUGAUUCAGCAGUACACGGAGGCCAUGAUGGCGUUGACCUCGUCCCCCUCCCUGAGGGACCACAUAACCCCGGAGACCCUGGCCAUGGUGGAGGACCUGAUCAAUGCUCCAAGCAGAGAGGGUUCUCAGGGCCGCGGCCACAUGCUGCUGGUCCGGGUCCCCUCGCUGCAGCUGGCCAUGUUGGCCCGGGAGAGACUGGAGGACGUGAGGGACAAGCUGGGACUCCAGCUGUGCUUCGCGGUGCUGCUGGGGAGUCCGGCCUCCGAGCUCAACCUGCACAGAAACUUCACCAGCCGCCUCCGGGCGUGGCGAGGCUAUGAGAGCGAAGACUGGGUCCCACACACCUACGAGGACCUGGAGGGGCUGCCCUGCAUCGUCAUCCUCACAGGGAAAGACCCUCUUGGAGAGACUUUCCCCAGGUCUCUGAAGUACAGCGACCUGCGUCUGAUCGACUCCAGUUACCUGACUCGUACGGCCCUGGAGCAGGAGGUGGGUCUGGCCUGCACCUAUGUGCCCAUGGGCGUCAUCCAGGAGCCCAAAAAGGUGAUGGCCCCGCGUGAAUCAGACGGAGAGAAGGCCACCACCAGCUUGAACGAUGGAGAUGAGCUGGAAAGACCUCGGAGCAACGAUAGCGCUGCAACCAGAACCUCUGGCUCUUUGUUAGAGAACGGUGUCAGCUCAUCGGACAACGCCGACUCUUCCCAGAAGCCCUCCACAUCCACCUCCCCACCCGAAGGCCCCGUCACCUCCGACAUGGGCACAGUGACGCAAGGGUUCAAGCAGGAGUGUGACUCUCAAGGAAGCCAGCUCCCCUCCAGCGCUUCCAAAGCCUCCAAGGCCCCUCCGUCCCUUUACACCAACUCCUCAUCUUCCUCUCCCUCCCCUUCCUCCUCCUCCACCCAGAGGCCCAGCCAGUCGGUGCAGUGCAGUCGAGAGUUCAAGCCUGCCAGAGUGUCGCCGCGGACCGUCAUCAUGUCGCGAGCUGCGUACAACCUGCUGGCGGGCGAGUCGAGGAGUCAGCUGAGCUCCUUCUCUCUGCUGCCUCAUGCGGAUGUGUCCUGGAGCAGUCCGCUGAGGCCCUUCAUCACUCACAACCUGCAGGGGGCGGAGCAGAGCAUGUACUACCGCCAGUGGACCACCGCCAGGCAGCAUCACGCCGAUUACGAAGCGCCACCUGUGCCACAUCCACGACGCCUGCUGCUCAGCGGACCCCCACAGGUGGGAAAAACUGGUGCCUACCUGCAGUUUCUGCGCAUCCUGUUUCGUAUGCUCAUCAGACUGUUGGAGGUCGAUGUGUACGAUGAAGAAGAAGAGGAGGAGGAGGAAGAAAACUCCGAGGUUACGACUCCGGUGAACACCCAGUGGCCCGACAUCGAGGAAGUUCGAAAGCUGCCGUUUGACCCCAACCCCCGAGACCCUAAGUUCAGGAAGGCCAGUCCUGUUUACCUGGACAAGAUGCCAAAGUGCUUUAAAGAUUUUAAGCAAGAAGGAGAAGGCCAAACUCCAGCCAAACGAGUGACCAAGUCAAUGCGGCUGAGCAGGUUUGCCGCCCACAACGCCUUUCAUCACUGUGAACAGUGCCACCAGUACUGUGAAGCAGGCCCCGCCUCACAGCUGUCAGAGUGCACCUUCCAUGCUUUCACCUUCUGCUCGUCCAUGCUGGGGGAGGAGGUCCAGCUCCAGUUUGUGAUUCCCAAAGCCAAGGAGCAGCACUUUGUGUUCAGUCUGCAGGGCUGCCACCUGGAGAGCAUGCGUCUGCCGCUGGUCUCCACCAAGGACCCAGAUCUUCUGAAGAGCCCGAUCUUCACCCCGACGACAGGACGCCAGGAGCACGGCCUGCUCAACAUUUUCCACGCCAUGGAGGGAGCCGCUCACCUGCACGUCCUGGUGGUCAAACAGUUUGAGAUGCCCCUCUACCGGAAGUACUGGCCCAACCACAUCCUGCUCGUCCUGCCUGCUAUGUUCAACAAUGCCGGCGUCGGCACCGCCCGCUUCAUGAUCAAAGAGCUUUCGUACCACAACCUGGAGCUGGAGAGGAACCGACUGGAGGAGCAAGGCGUCAAGAGGCAAGACGUGUGGCCGUUCAUCGCCAUGAUGGACGACUCCUGUGUGCUGUGGAACGCCCACCAGUCGGCCGACGGAAGUGAGAUCUCAGAUGGAAGCUCGACGCUCACCAACGUGUCUUUGAAAACGGUGCUGCAGCACAUGGAGAACACGCCGAAGAUCUCCCUCUACGCCAUGUGCGGCACGCGCACGUGGAACAGCAGCCUCGCUCACAGGUCUCCCAGCAGCGCCUUCAGCCGAUGCCACCUCCACAGCUUCGUCAUGCUGAACGUGGACCUGACGCAGAACGUUCAGUAUAACCUGAAUCGGUAUGACUGUGAGGACGUGGACUUCAACCUGAGGGUGAACAGCAGCGGGCUGCUGCUGUGCCGCUUCAACAACUUCUGUCUGAUGAAGAAACACAUUCCAGUCGGGGGAAACAAAGACUACCUGAUCAAACCUAAACUCUCGAAAAUAGAAAGCGCAUCUCAGAUCAGCCCAUCCCAGUACGUCUGCGCCCCAGACAGCGAGCAGACCCUCCUAGACGCCCCGGCCCAGUUCCUGCUGGAGAGGUUCCUGCAGAGCUGCAGUCACAGGCUGUUUCCAAAAGCCGCUCAGAACAGAAACAACCCAGUUCUGUCCAUCGACAGCUACCUCAACCUCAGCCCGGAGAUUUCUGUGUGCUACAUCAGCUCCCGUCCACACUCCACCAACCUCAACCAUCAGGGCCUGGUGUUCAGUGGCCUGCUGCUUUACCUCUGUGAUUCCUUCGUGGUCUCUGGACUCCUCAAGAAAUUCCGCUUCCUCAAAGGCGCCACCCUCUGCGUGAUCUGUCAGGACCGAAGCUCCCUGCGUCAGACCAUCGUCCGGCUGGAGCUGGAGGACGAGUGGCAGUUCCGCCUGCGUGACGAGUUCCAGACGGCCAACUGCAGCGAGGACCGGCCGCUCUACUUUCUGACCGGCCGCCACGUUUAGCUGCUCUGAUGCCGUCAGACAUCCGAACCGUCCGGCCCACCACAGUUCUUUCCAGGUCAACGGCAGGUCAAAGGGGGGCCGCGCUGGAGGACGCGGCGUGGCCCCUCAGGUCUGUCCACCACAGUGCACUACGCUGGCUCUGAGCAGGGUCGGGACUCGUCUUAAACUCUGAGUAGGACUUUGCUGGGAGGAUAAAGCUCAGCUGAAAUGGAACUUUGUUUGUUUUUUUUGGUUGUUAAAUGGACGCUCUCCUGAUCGACAAUGUGACGACCGGACGAUUGUAUGUUUUUGGAAGGGUUUCCAAAAAGGGAGGUCGCUCAAACGGGUUAAACUUUGCUUCCUGUUCACAGUUUGGCAUUAUGUUGGCACCAAAGACACCCUCAGCUGCACCUUCCCUUCGCUUUCCUCCACCCUUCUGCUCUCAGACUCCGUGAAGCUCGUCGGCUCUGGAACGUCGGCCCGUGUUGGAUUUCCACCAUCGAGCGGAUCGGAUUCUCCUCCCGUAGCGGCGGGAUUCGAACGAUAAGGGACGAUUCGAUCCAGCACAUUGAAACUCCUGUGCCUCUGAAAUACUUACGUGGCAUCGAUAAUCCUUUCUGACGCCGUGCGAGCGAAUUUAUCCAAAGACUCUCUUCAAAGUUGUGUCCUCUCAUGAAUGUAAGACUUUAAUGUUCUAUUGUGGCUUGAAUAUAAGCGAACGAAGCCGGCGUGUUAUUUAAAACGCCGACUUUCCACAGGGUUUUAAUUUCACAUCUCGUCCGUUCACGUGUAAUCAGACGGAGCGACGUCUAUCCUGGGAGAAGUGUUUUCAGGCGUUUGCCGGCCUAAAUGCGAGGUCGUAAUCAUGUAAAGUCAGGAAAUGCAACGUAAGAAGCCCUCACUGCCAAUGACCUUGUGCCUGGGACGCCGCCUCCUGCCGUCGUGUGCUCAGGCUUCACCGCCAAUCCCGGCCACACACCUUAAAGCUUGUUUUCCCGCCGGAAUAAAGGGGUAAUCCAAGGAAAAAAAAACUGUCAAAAGCAGCCAAACAGGUCAAUUCAUAUACUUGAAAGAAGAAUGUUUUUAUAUGUUUCUGCACAGGGUUGUCCAAAGAAUAUGCCUUAAGCAACGUUUCACACGGUCACUGCUCAAGUCUUUCAUUUUUCGGACCAAUGAGAACGAAGAAGAAAAACCAUUUAAACUGUGAGGUGAAGAAAGAAUUGGAUUUUGGACUACUGUACUGUUUAAAGCUUUGUUUACAUUAUUAAUAUAUUCUAUCAUCCCCUGAACCGCCGAAGGUUACUGAUGUUUUUUUGUUUUUUUUAGUCUUGUGUACCUUUGCCAGUAUCUGUUGGUCGUGUAUUUGUGCAUUUUACGUUGCAAAGGCAAGAAGAAUCUACCUAGAUGUAUCCCUAACCACAUGUCUGUAUCCCUUUCUGUUCUUGCGUUGGAUUUUUAUUGAAAAUGAAAAUCAGGUCCGUGAGGGAUUCUUAUUUAUUUGACGAGCAUUUUGGACUGAUAAUCAUAUUGAGGUGUAAUAUCCGAUUGCAUGCUGAAAGCUUGCUCGAGCCGAGCGAGCGUGUCCUCCUCGAAAGCAUCCAUGAAGGCUUUGCACAAGACGAGUGAUUCUGCUGAAUGUCGUUGGGGGGGUAGGAGAUGUGAACUUACCCUCGUACACGUUGCCAGCUGAAGAAGAAGCGUCUCCACACGAGCAGAACGCUUGAAUGAAGUUCCCCCACAGACCUCCGAGUGAGUCCAAACACGUGAAUGUUGAUGAAGAUGUUUCAGUCGAACUCCAGUGAUCCUAGAAUGUGUCUUUCUUGGUUUUUUUUUGAUAAUUUAAUACUUAAUAUGCAACUUGCUCUCACAAUCUUCACUGAAAUGUGUUUGAGGACCAGCCCGGCGGCGCCUGGUCCAUCUAUCUCAUGUUUACCAUUGUGGUUGCAGGCUGUGAAUAAUAUAAUAACGUUAAAGCCAUGCUGUUGUUGUUGACGGAUUAUGAAUGUAAUAAAAUGACUUUAAAUUCA